AUCAUGAUGGAUUCCACACUCACAUCUUCAUCUCGAUCGAUGGUCCAAGGCAUCGCAGGCGCUGCCAUCGGACUGUCAAGCAUCCUCGUCAUCGUUCACAUCGUCUCAAGACGCGUUGCAAGAGCUUCGAUCUGGUGGGAUGAUAGUUCGUUAUGGUUGGGUGGUUGCAUGACUCUGGUGAUGAAUGCACUCUUCAUUCAUGGAGCACAACUAGGCCUUGGUUCAUAUGAGGAGCAAGUAUCGUCAUCACAACUCGAAGGCAUCUUCAAGGCUUCAUUACUCCUCUUUUUCAACCGCAUGUUUGCCAGCUCCAACAACACUCUUCGCUGGACAGUCUACUUCUCUCUCUGCCUCAUCUUUGUAUGGGUCAUCACAUUCACUGCUGUCUCAACCUUCCAAUGUACACCAGUCUCCUUCUUCUGGGACAGUGGUGUAGCCGGAAGGUGUAUUACUUCUGACUGGACCUCAAGAACAGCUAUUGCCAUUUGUGACACUGUCUUCAACCUGGCCACCGACUUCCUCUGCUUGAUGGCACCUUUCCAGGUACUUCGCAAGCUGCAGAUGGCCAACGGCAAGAAGGCAGGUCUUGCUAUUGUCUACCUUCUCGGUGGCUGCAAGAUUGUCAUCACUGUCAUUCGCGUUCUCUACCAGAUUGACACUCCUUACCUGGCGUCGUCUGACUCUCUCUACUCAUCCUUCGCCCCCACCAUCUUCAUCAUCAUCGAGACCAACCUUGCAAUCGCUUGUGCUUGCUUGCCUUCAUUCUCUGUCAUCAACGACCGCACCAUAUUUGUUAUGACUAAGCUUGGUUCUCGUUCCAACACUCCCGAGAUCCUCGAGCCUCCUAACUCUCCUUACUGCCGCCCCAGCUACCAACAACAACAAUUCUCCGACACUUCUCUGUUCCUGACAGAAUUCAAGCGUCAGCCAGCAGCAGAGUUCCCCAUUCUCACCACCAUCACCAGCAAUGUUUCAGAAGAGCCUGCUCGUCUGCCCAGCCUUGAGUUGGGUAGUUUUGCUCAAUCUUCUGUCUUUGACAUUCUCNNAAAGCCUGCUGGCGCUAUUGUCAAGACCUUGAACGUCGAACAGACCAUUGAGGAGUAUGACUCGGUCCGAACUCUGAAUGUCGAACAGUCGAUCGAGGAGUACGACUAUAUUAUGAGACAAGCAUCAUUCUCUAUCGUCCCUGCGAACUUCUCUAUCGUCUGA